CUGGGCUGGGAGGUGUCCCCGGUCCCCGCUGUGCUGUGGUGGCUUCUUCCCAGGGUCUCUGCGCUGAGGCCCUGCCCCCUUCGUGAGUUCUCUCCGAGCUAGACCCCGGCUCCAGCCGACCAUUUCCGAGCUGCCAUGUCUUCCGACUUUGAAGGCUACGAGCAGGACUUUGCAGUGCUCACUGCUGAAAUCACCAGUAAGAUUUCCAGGGUCCCUCGGCUCCCUCCCGAUGAGAAGAAGCAAAUGGUUGCCAACGUGGAGAAACAGCUUGAAGAGGCCAGAGAAUUGCUUGAACAGAUGGAUUUGGAAGUUCGAGAAAUUCCACCGCAAAGUCGAGGAAUGUACAGCAACAGAAUGAGAAGCUACAAGCAAGAAAUGGGAAAGCUGGAAACAGAUUUUAAAAGGUCACGGAUCGCCUACAGUGACGAAGUACGGAAUGAGCUCCUAGGGGAUGAUGGGAAUUCCUCAGAGAACCAGUUGAUAAAAUUACGUGAAGAGAGGGCACAUCUGCUGGAUAACACGGAGAGGCUGGAAAGGUCAUCGCGGAGACUAGAGGCUGGAUACCAGAUAGCAGUGGAGACCGCAUCCAGUUCUAAGUCGGCAGGCCAGAAUUCUGCCUGUGCUGCUAGCCACUGGUGGACAAGUGAAAGCGUGGUGUUCGCCACUGGCCACGACCAUCUGCUCAGGGCUCUGUCAAGGGUUUGGAAUACCAGCCAGUCUGGGCUGAAUCACUGGCCUCUUCUGAGCCUCUGAGUGCCUUGGCUGUAGGAAGGUUAAUAGUAAUCUCCUUCCUGUGGGUACAGAGUCAGUGCUAUGGCAUAAAGUAACACAGACAAUAAACAGCCAUCAAAACUUAAGUAAAAAUAACCCGAGAGCAAAAUGUGCCUCACAGUGCUUUGUGGCAGCCUGUCCGCAGUAAACUUCUGUUGCAUGUGUGUUCAGUGAGUGAACUCAUUUUACCCACAAGGGCUUAUUUAAAGCUGCAUGCUUUUUCCCUUCCCUCCGAAAGUCCCAUCUCAACUUAUUCAGAUGUUUUGUGUAGAAGUUCAGUAAAAGACUUGAUUUUAGUGGCUCCUAAUGGAGCCCAGUCAAAUAUAAUUAAAAAUUCUUCCUAGAACUAUGCCAAUAAGUUCACUGUGGAGCCUUGCUGAUGAAGUCUAAUAAAUUCUCUGUUGUAUUUAGAAACAA